UCUCCGACAGCUGGUUCCUUAAUCACCUGAACAAAGAAAGAGUCCUCCAUUUUUCUCUCUCUAUCUAUCGUGCAUCCCCAAUGGAGUUUUACGCUUACCCUUCUAAUUCUUUCCGCCCUUCUUCUUCGCCGCCGCCGCCGCCGUCGUCUUCUUCUUCUUCGGCUUCACCGGAGGAAUCUUGUUCUCCGCUCGGGUUUUUAGUCAACAAGAUCAAAGAAUUCGCUCGAUGCGCCGUCUCCGCCAUUCUCGGAAAUGUUUUCUCUGCAAUUUUCACAUUUUUCUUUGCCUUGGUGGGUACCUUAUUGGGAGCAAUAACGGGAGCAUUGAUAGGCCAAGAAACAGAAAGUGGCUUUGUUAGAGGGGCUUCCGUGGGGGCAAUUUCGGGGGCCGUUUUUUCUAUCGAGGUCUUCGAGUCAUCUCUUCUUUUAUGGCAGUCCGAUGAAUCCGGUUUAGGCUGUCUCCUCUACCUCAUUGAUGUGAUAGCGAGCCUUUUAAGUGGUAGGCUGGUGCGUGAGCGUAUCGGGCCGGCUAUGCUUAGUGCAGUGCAAAGUCAGAUGGGAGCUGUUGAAGUACCAUUUGAGGAGGUUCCGAACAUAUUUGAUAUAGGUGGGGCGAAGGGUUUAUUGGUGGACUCCGUUGAAAGAAUCCCGAAAUUCACAAUUACUCGAGACGAAAUCGUCGAUACUCCUGGAGAUGGAGUAUCUUGUUCGGUUUGCCUUCAGGACUUUCAAGUAGGGGAGACUGUUCGCCGUUUGCCACAGUGUCACCACAUGUUUCAUCUACCUUGCAUCGAUACUUGGCUUGUGAGACACGGUUCUUGCCCACUGUGCCGAAGGGAUCUUUGAUAUACUACUUAUUCUUCUUCUCUCUCUCUAUCUCUCUAUCUCUAUGACAUGAAAAAAAAAGACCGGUUCUUUGAUUCCUUAACACUUGUAGGGUUUCAGUACUAUAUAUUAGAUGAACCCUCGGUUGUAGAAUAUUUUUUCGAUGCAGCACAUAUGUAAUUAUUAAGCACUAGUAUGAGAGUAUGGCCAUUGCUCCGUCAUCAUUUUGUUGUAAAUCAAAUUUUCACCUUGUGAUAAUAGUGUAUUUCCUCGUCGUAUUUUUAGAGUGAGAAUUAUCAUGUUCUACGUUUGAUUGUUUCGGGAACUCUUAAGAAUAUUAAUAAUUAAUAAUAGUCCUCUGUA